CUCUGAUGACGGCCUCGCAUGCAUCUGGGUGCGCAGCCAUGCUGCUUGCAGCCAUCCAAGCGUUGAUCUUCGACGUUUCCAACGCUUUCCAGAUCUCCUCUGCUGGACCAAGAAUGGCGCUGCCCUAUGCACGACGGCGGCUGCAUGAGCUUCGCGCGAAGCCCAGUGAUGAGGAUGAGCCGCUGGGGCCGCCCGGCAUCGCGCCAGGAAGGAAGGUCUAUGAGGAGAGAGAUGACUGGGUGAGUGUGAGCAUGUCAGGCACAUCUCUUCAAUAGAUAUCUGUCUGUGCGGCUUGUGUGCAGGUGACCAAGGCAGUGAAGUUCGUGUUUGGCUCCAAAGCAUUGCAAGACCCUGAGCCGCUGGGUUUUAAGCGGAGCGGCAAAGAGGCCUUCCCUGGUCAGUGAGUCGCCCAACACACACACACACUCACACACCGCAAGCGAAUGGCCCUCCGUGUGUGUUGCCUGCCUGUCGUCCUGCCGUUGGUUCUGCAGAGUAUUACGGCGUCAAUCUCGCAGAGUGGGCUGAUUUGUUGCCCGAGGAUCAAGGCAACAAGGACCUGACACUCAUACGACCCCUCCUGAAACAGACGCGACUUGAGCAGCGGCCCAUGCAGCUCAUCUAUGACGCGUCGAGGCACGGCUGGUCAUGUCGGUCAUUUCACCAGCGUGUGGACAGGAAGGGACCGUGUGUGGUGCUGGCCAGGACCAGGGGCGGGAGCAUCUGUGGGGGCUACAAUGCCGCGGGGUGGGUGGGGGUUGGGGAGCUCAGGGGAGCGGCGAGCGCAUUUCUCUUCACAUGGCCUGAUGGCGACACAUCCAAGAGGCCGCUCAAGUGAGGCUUUCAACACGAAGCACUAUGGCCGGCUGUGUCUGCAUUUGUUGCUGUGCUGCAGGCUGCCGAAGGUUGGUGGUGCGGGUGUGGCGAUCUGUGACUUUCCUGACAAAGGGGUCUCCUUUGGCAUGGACGGGUGAGCGCUACCGACACAGCAGAGAGCCGUUAUGCAUCCGGCGAGAGAAAAGGCGCAUUGUGUGUUGGUGUGUUGGUGUGUUUCAGAUUUGUAGUGCCGCUGUCGAGCAGAGAGCCCAACGGUCCUCAAAUUUCCUACUCCAAGCUUGGGCCCUACUAUUCCCGGAGGAAGGACGGCUUUCCCUCUCUAUUCUCCGUCCGUAAUCGAUCGAUGUCACGCAUCCAUGUGAAUUGUGAAUGUGUGCGUUGUGUGUGGUCAGGGCGUCGAGAAGCGGCAGGCAGAGUUGGUGGAGCUGAAGGUGUACGCGGGCAUCUACAAGCCCGGGGAGGCCAUACCCGAUAGCAAGGUGAAGCUACUGCAGCUCAACUAGAUGAUCCUGCGGGUGGGUGGGUGUGUGUGAGGGGGUGUAUCUGUAAAGUAGCUACAACACGAAUGCGUGUCUGGACAGUUGGCAGACACGCAUGGAAUCAGGGCAUCAGAGGCCCGAAGCUCAUACACAGUUCGCGGCGGCCGUUGUGUAUCUAUCUGCUGACCUGCUUUCACAGCCGCUCACACGUCGAUAAGGUCAAAGACUCCACAAAAGGAAAUCUGUGCGUUAACGGUCGCCUUCUGGGG